UCGCCGCCCUCGUCGUCUCCUCGGCAGCCGCCUCCGCAGACGCCUCGGCCGCCGACUCCACCACUCAGCCGCGCUCCUAGGAUCUCCACCACCCACUGCUCGCCCUGUUCGCCGACCUACCGUCUCCCUCCUCGUCGCCGACCGACCCACUAACCUGUGCUCCCACGUUAGCAAGUUUUUUAGUUUAUCCCAAUAAUUUCACCAGAAGUGAGGAAGAGUUGUGGUUAUUAUUGAGUUGUGGGCGCUCAAAGAUUGGAUCUUUAGGGCUGCCGGAGCUGUCCAUGUGGCUCAAUCGGUGAGCCCGGCUGGGGAUUUUUGGGUUUCGUGACCUAUUUGGUUGGUUGAUGAUGGAGCAGCAGAAGAAGAUGCAACAGCAGCAGCAGCAGCCAGAGGCAGCACCAGUGCCUGAAGCUGCUGAGGUGAAGGCGCUGCCACCGCAGCAGCCGCAGCUGAAACCGGCGGCCCCAGUGCAGCCUGUGGCGCAUACGCCGCGGCCAUGGCCAGUGGCCUUCACGCCUCUCAAGCCAGUGACUGAAAUGAAGAGUGCUCCUCCAACAAAGAAAAAGAAGCAUUGUAAUUGCAAAAAUUCACAAUGUCUAAAGCUGUAUUGUGAGUGUUUUGCAGCAGGCCUUUAUUGUGAUGGCUGCCAUUGUAAACAAUGUGGAAACAAAGUUGAGAAUGAAAGUGCUAGGCAGGAGGCCAUUAACAGUACAAAGCAACGGAAUCCGAAAGCCUUUCAGCCUAAAAUUGAAAAUUGUUCAACUGCCCUUAACCUUCCUAAGGAUGAUGCUGGAGCACCAGCUUCACUUCCAAAGCAUAAUAAAGGUUGUCAUUGUAAGAAGUCAGGAUGUCUCAAGAAGUACUGUGAAUGCUUUCAAGCAAAUAUCCUUUGCUCCAAGAAUUGCAAAUGCAUGGAUUGCAAGAAUUUUGAAGGAAGUGAGGAGCUACGGCUUAUAACUCAAGGGGAUAAUUCGUCAGAUCGAAAUAACAUUCAACACGCAGCCAAUGUUGCAUUGAAUGGUGCAAUUGGAUCCUCUGGGUAUAGAUAUUCUCCAGUGCGAAGGAAAAGGCCUCCAGAAGAUCCUCUUUGUCAGAAACUAAAUGGUGAAGGAAGUAUGAUGCAACCACAGUUUCAAGAGGCUAACCAUGUGGAUUCUUCAGAAAUUACUUCUUCAACUGGACUCGAAGGGUGUUAUAGUAACUACCAGAGUAGAUCUAAAAUUGUCUAUAGGUCUCCGUUGGCAAACACUAUCAGCCCUACGGAUGCUACUGGUCUAGCCAAACAUUUGGUGAUUGUAUGCAGAAAGGCAACAGAGGCAUUCCUGACGACAGAUGAAAACAAAGUGGAUAUGAAAGUAGAAAGGGAAAUUCACACAAAUUCUGAUAGCACAACCAAUAUGGAUCAGCAAAAUGAAGGUGAUUUUGGAUCUUGCUGUAACAACCUAGAGGAUUCUAGGCCGGCCUCUCCAGGAACACAAGCAUUGAUGUGUGAUGAGCAGGGUAGUACAUUUGGAACAGACUAUAGAAGUUCAUUUCCAGUGGCAUUGCAUGAUCAAUAUACUUCAGAACUAAAUGCUCUGCAAGAAAAAGCAGUGUUGACAGGGUUCCGAGACUACCUCCGGACACUCAUCACACGUGGCAAAAUAAAUGCAGAAACCAACUGGUCAUCAGAGGCAGCAAUGCAGUUGGAUACCCGGAGGCAUGACGGAUCAGCCACAAUUCUACCCCCACUUAAGGCUGUCGAAGAAAACGAAGUUCCUGAUGGCCCUGAAAGCCCUAACGCAAGUCCAUCGGCAUCAAAUUACGCUGAUCAAAAGACCCAAGAAGAGUGACACAGCUGACGUAGAAUUUAGCAUGUUUUAUGUCAGAAGGCUGCACCACACGGCACACGCAAAACUGUGUAUAUAUGGAUAGCGUAGUCCUUGUUGCCGUUUCAGGCAACCGGCAUUGUAGCAUCAGUCAUUCAUGAGGUGUAAAGCAGGCAACAAUUUUCCUUCUGAUUGUGUAAUUAAUUUAAUACGAGAUUUCUUUAUUUAUAUGAUUUAUCUAACCUGUU